AUGAAAGACCAAGAGGCAAUUAAUGCACAAGAUUUUAAUGAGAUAUUGAAAAUGAGCCAAGAAAACAUUAAAGUAUUGGAGAGUGACUUGUCAGAAGAGGGAGAGAAGAGACAGCAACUGACCUCUGCUUUUAUUACUCUUCAGAAGUCCUUGAAAGUGGAUAGAGAGGAAUUCCAAAAAUCGAAAUCAGAACUCCUGUGCCUUUAUAAGGAAAUUCAAAAUCUUCCAAGGGCUGAGGGCAGAGACCAGUUUUUAAUAGCAUAUAACCUGCUACAAAGAGAGAAUUCUGAAUUAGAAGACAAGGUCUUGAAGUUUUCACAAGAACUGGAACAGUUAAAGUAUUGUUCUGUAGGGGACAAAACUGCUAGUUUAAUGACAAGUGAAAACCUCUGUGAAGAUCUGGUGUCUAAAGCGCCACCUUUGGAAGUAGAGAUUCUGAGCCCGAGCGAAGAAAGGCAGGCACUCUGGUAA